UUUAAGCUGAUGGACCUUAAUUUCGAAAUGCUUUGACCAAUCAGGUUGCAGAUUUCCGAAUGCUCCUGCGAAGUUAUUGCAAACUAGUCCUCGAGACUUUCUAAUUCCGAUGAUGAUCGAUAAACCAGAGGAAUGCGACUGUAAUGAUUCGCGGCGAUCAUGGCGAAACGACGUCGCUACGAGCAGGACGAAGACGAAGAAGAAGAAGAAGAAAGUGUUUGGGUUUAAGGUCGAUGGAGGACCGAAGAGAGCUCUGAUUGGGGCGGGUGGUCGGAUCCUGUUUUACCCGACUCUUUUGUACAACCUUGUCCGUUUCAAGCUUGAAUCCGAGUUCCGAUGGUGGGAUCGAAUCGAUCAGUAUCUUCUGAUGGGAGCGGUUCCUUUCCGUAAGGAUGUUCUCCGGCUGAAGCGGCUUGGCGUUGGCGGCGUAAUUACUCUAAAUGAACCUCACGAGACAUUGGUCCCCUCCUCUUUGUACCGUGAACACGGAAUGGAGCAACUAGUUAUACCAACACGGGAUUAUCUAUUUGCUCCUUCAGUUUCAGAGAUAAGCCGAGCUGUAGAUUUCAUUCACAAGAACAGUUUGAGCUGUAAAAGCACUUACGUCCAUUGCAAAGCCGGACGAGGAAGAAGCACUACUGUUGUCCUCUGCUAUCUGAUUCAACACAAGAACAUGACUCCUACCACUGCCUUUGAAUACGUGCGUUCAAUAAGACCUCGGGUUUUGUUACAUCCUUCACAGAGGAAGGUGGUGGAGGAUUACAGCAGGCGGGAACAAAUACACAUUUCAACAUCUGAUCAAGAACGCCAUGGCGAUUUCUGUGACCGCAGAGAUUCGGUUGAGGAGACUGGUAUGGAGUCUGCACCAGUCAAAAGCCGAACCAAUCGUUUGAAGGGUCUCUUCUUGUCUCUUCGCAUUUUUCGGAAUCUUAGGUUCUCUUGACAUGUUUAUGCAUUGCGUCAUAACUCUCAGAUGGCUUGUCUUUAACUGCCGGUACAAUCAUAACCGGGAUUUUAUUGAUCUAUACCGGAAAACCGGUAUUAAAAAUGUGUAAUUGCUUUUGGAUUGUAAAAAUAUUUAUAUUUACAAAGCGUGACGUGUUUCCCAAGUCUCAAAGGUCUGCCUUUUU